AUGUCUAAAACUCUAGAGGAACUAGUUGAAGAGUGCAAGCAAUUUAUCACUCUCUACAACAAAAACAAAAUGGAGAGAAAUCCAGCUGUGGGAAAAGCCUGCUUCAUCAUUUCAAAGCACUGGUUUAAGAUUUAUAAAUAGUACGUGCACUAUAAAGCAGUUAGAAGUCACAUUAAGCCAGUAGAGUCUGCAGAGAUCAUGCAUCCCGGUCCAAUCAAGAAUGAUGAAUACCUUUGUGACUUAAGUAAUAAAAAUUUGGUGGCAUCAGGAACUAAUGAUCAGUUUGAGAAAAAUUAUCUUGAUAAGUAUCUAAAGCCAAAUGUAAGAGAAAGAUUCGAGUAUAAACUGAUUAACUAAGACUUAUGGGAAUUUCUAUUCUCCAAAUAUGGCGGAUCAGAAAUAAAAAGAUAUACUGUCCCUCAGGGUACAUACUAUACCAUUGUAGAAACCAGAUUGAAGCAACUCUCAGUAGUGUUACUACCAGUUACCAAUCUUUACAAGGGUGGUGAAGCUCUAUAAGGACUUGAUUUUGAAUACAAUGUAUAACUUAGUAAGAGAAAGAAUUAUCUAGAUCUUAAGAGAAGAAUAAUAGACUGUCUUAAGGCCAAAUUUUAACUUAACUUAACAGAUUCUGAUGUAAGGCUGUGGAAGUUUACUGACACUAAGGAAAAGCUCGUGGAUGCUUGCCAACAGAUUAGUGAAAGAGGAGAUAGAAUUGAAGUGGAUAGUAUUAAUGACCCAGACCUUGAGAUUAAUAGUGGCGUUGAGUUUCCAGGAGAAUCACUUGAACCUUACUACCAAACAUCCUCAAAUCUAGAAGAUGACAGCUUGAAUGAAACUACAGUGAUAGUUGAAUAUAGAGAGUCUGAGCAUCUCAAAUUUGCAUUUUAAUAUAAGAAAAAUCAAAGAAUAUUCAUUGGAAAAUGCGAGUUUUGCACUUAAAAACGCACUUUAAAGAUCGAAUGCGUAUGCAAAAGAGUCAGAUAUUGCAAUUCUAGCUGCCAGGAAAAAGAUCAAAGAUGGCACAUGCCAAAUUGUAGCGCAUAAGCCGACGCAGAACUCUAAAGAGGCGUUUCUAGUUUCUAAAGAGGCCCAAGAGCUAGAGAUGGUAAAGUUGGAUUAGGUAAUCUCGGAAAUACAUGUUACAUGAACAGUAGUCUAUAAUGCCUAAGCAAUUGUUACGAAUUGACUAAAUAUUUCCUAGAUGAAAGAUUUAAAUACGACUUAAAUGCUGAUAAUCCAUUGGGAACAUCUGGAAGACUCGUAUAAGCUUAUGCAAAGCUCUUAAAUGAAAUGUGGAAUCAGGAUGAUAGCGUUGUUAGACCUCAUAUGUUCAAACGUAUCUUAGGAGAAUAUGCUCAGUAAUUCUAAGGUUUCGGCCAACAUGACUCUCAAGAGUGUAUCAACUCUAUCUUAGAUUUAUUGAGUGAGGAUCUUUACAGAAAGCCAAAGAAACCAUAUGUAGAAAUGACUGAAGCAAACGGAAGAAAUGAUGAAGAAGCCAGUUAGGAAGCUUGGCUUAAACAUUUAGUCAGAAAUGAAAGUAUCAUUGUUGAUCUAUUUCAUGGAUAAUACAAGUCAACACUUGUCUGCAGUGACUGCAAAAGAGUAUCUAUAACUUUCGAUCCAUUCAUGACACUUUCCCUUCCAAUACCAGGGAAAAAAGAUAAAAUUGAUUUUUUCUACAUCCCUUAUAACAUUUCUCCCAACUAUAAGAAUUAUAAGGGAGCAGUUUUUCUCAGAGACAGCGAUUCUGUAAGAGACUUCAGAUAAUAAAUCUUUUAAAGAUUUGGCAUAGAUGAGUCUUCAUUCAUUGUAACGAUUAUUGCUGAUAAUACCAUUAGAAAAAUGGUUGAUUAAAACAGUAGGAUAGAGGAGAUGAUAGGAGGAGGUACUGUUAUACUCUAUCAAAUUAAUCCAAAUUUAAAUCCAUAACUGCCAGCCUAAGAAAAGAAUGAUAAAGCAGACUCCAACUUUGGCCUAUCGGAAGAAUACACGAAGGUGGUCAUGACUAUGAUGAUGUCGUAGAAAAACUAAUACUCUAGCUCAUACACAAUCAGAACAAAUAACAUUCCAAGAAUUUUAUGGGUUGACAGCAACAAAAGUCUCAAAGAAGUCCACUAUCAGAUUUUAGAGUUUUUUGCAGGUCACUUCGAAUACCUCCCUCAGGAUAAGAGUAGAUUAUUGCCAUUCAGAAAAGUUUCAAUCGAUGAAAAUGAGCAAUAACAAAUAAGCAUUGAUGAAUUCUUAGCACUAAGUAGUGAAGAAAAAUUCGCAGUAGCUUUCCCUGGACUAAAUGAGUAAAAUUGGAUGGACGUAUUGAAGAGAAAUGAUCUCCAGAUACAUGAAGCCCCAUUUACAGUAAGAAUUAAAAAUAUGUCUGGCUAUAUGGAAGCUUGUCAAUUUUGCGGAGACAAAAGAUGUGAUGGGUGCCCAUUACCUUUUAGAUCAGAUGCAUCAUUUAGAGAUAUUCUGAUGAAGGUGGGUAUCUAUACAAAUCAAAGCUUUUAUUAAUAAGGAUACAAGUGUGGAAAGAGCGAUGUUAUUUUUGAGAUAGUUUGGAACAACAAAAUAGAAAAAAGCUUCUUUGAUUCAUUCCAAACUGCGAUUGCAUUUCCAAACUCAUAACUAAACACUCCAUCUUAGGAUCCAUUAUAAAGAUAAGAGCAUGAAAUUACAUUGUAAGAUUGCCUUGAAGAGUUUUCUAAGCCCGAGCAACUAGAUAAAGAUAAUAUGUGGUACUGUAGCAAGUGUAAAUAGCAUGUUUAAGCCACUAAAAUUUUGGAGAUUUACAAAGCACCAGCAGUUUUAGUUAUUAAUCUUAAGAGAUUCAAGCAUGGAAGACAAAGAUUCUCCAUGUACAGUGGAGGUAAUGGAAAGCUUGAUACCUUAGUAGAUUUUUAGAUCUAAUCAUUAGACUUAUCUCCCUAUAUUUUGCAAAAGGCCCCAGAUGGAGAGGAGUACAUUUAUGACUUGUUCGGUAUCUCCAAUCAUUUCGGUGGCUGUGGAGGUGGUCAUUAUACAGCUUUCGGCCUUAAUUGGAUGGAUAACUAGUGGUAUUCAUUUGAUGACAGCAGUAUCUCAAAGACUUCUGAAAGCAGAAUAGUCUCAAGCUCAGCCUACAACUUAUUCUAUAGAAGAAGAGGAAAAAUUAACCUUAAUGAGAUCAAUUACGAGGUUCUUAAGCAGAGCGCGACACUUGAAGACCUGCAAAAGUUAUAGUCUUAAUAAAAUGCUUAGAAUCCUUAAUGA